AUGAUUAUGAACGGUAAUGAGGUGCCACCUAUGAACGGUAGUUCCGGUGGUGGCGUUGGCGGCCGAGGUGGUAGUGGAAAUACUGGUGCUUGGGAACUUAGGCCUGGUGGAAUGCUGGUUCAGAAGCGUACCGAUGCUGACGAAAACCAGGCGCCACCACCAACUAUUCGGGUUCGGGUCAAAUACGGGUCGAUUUACCACCAAAUUUAUAUCAGUUCUCAAGCUACCUUCGGGGAGUUGAAGAAGAUGUUAACAGGGCCAACGGGAUUACACCACCAGGAUCAAAAGUUAUUUUACAAGGAUAAAGAGAGGGAUUCCAAUGCAUUUCUUGAUACUGCAGGAGUUAAGGACAAAUCGAAACUUGUUCUAAUGGAGGAUCCGAUUAGCCGAGAAAAACGAUAUCUUGAGAUGAGGAAAAAUGCUGUAAUGGAAAAGGCUGCAAAAUCUAUAUCAGAAAUCAGCUUGGAGGUGGAUAGGUUUGGUGGACAGGUUUCAGCUUUUGAAUCUGUAAUUUCUAAAGGUGGAAAAGUGGCUGAAAAGGAUUUAGUAAAUCUGAUUGAGUUAUUGAUGAAUCAACUGCUUAAAUUGGAUGGAAUUACUGCUGAUGGGGAUGUCAAAUUACAGAAGAAAAUGCAGGUGAAACGAGUGCAGAAGUAUGUCGAGAUUCUUGAUAUGUUGAAGAUAAAAAACUUGAUGCCUAUUAGCAGUGGAACAUUGACUCAACAGAAUCAGCAACAGAGGUACUCAAAUGGGCAUGUUUUGACACCAGUUCAAGAAUCCCGGUACUCAAAUGAGAGUGCUUCAUCUCCCAUUCAACGGCAACAACCCCAGAAUCCAUUCGGGCUGUCAUUAAUGGAUUCACCACCGAAGCAACAACAGCAGCCUUCGGCCUCAGGAGCUUUUGUGAUUACAACACAGUGGGAAACGUUCGAUUCUGCACCUGCACCUGCACCUGCACCGUCGAUGCCGGGUGCCCCUUCAUCAUCCACAGUGGCUUCAAGGACAAUUAAUCCAGCGCAACCUAGUUUUACUUGGGAUUUGCUUUGA